AUGCGAACUCAAAGACGUUAUGCUACUCCUGAAGAAAGUGAAGCUGUGUUCCCAGUAUUUACUACCCCAACUGACAUGUACUUGAACUUCAAUUUUAGUUCUCAAUCUAAUUAUACUCCUUCACCACAAGCAGCUUAUCGCUCUUCACCAUACCUUCCGCAAAAUUAUAACAAUUAUGAGCAGCAAUCUAAAAGUCCUUUGAAUAAUACUUCAAUUAGAAGCUCAUCAUCCUAUCCAUACAAUAGACCAAGAGGAGAGUCAAACCCUGUUAGACCCAACUUGAACAGUUUUGCCAAUACAUCGAAUGGGUCAUCAUCAUUUUCAAGUACAUCUUCAACAACCUCUAUAGAUACUUUAUUAGCACAAUUAUUAGAAAUGGGUUUUACUCUUGAGGCAUCCAAGGCAGCUAUAGCAGUAAGUGGAGGAAGUGAUUUACAGAAUACACUUGAUAUUCUUAUUCAAGGUAAUCAUAAAACCGAAGCAUCUGGGGAUAGUUAUCAAGUUUCAUCAGAGGAAGAAGAUGAGGAAAUAUGGAAAAGAAAACAAGAAGAACGUCGAAGAGAAUACAUCAAUCAACUUAAAAGAAACAAGCCUACACCACCUACACCCCCUUAUACUACCAAGUCUCCAACACCAUCUCCUCAUGUCAGUACGACAACGACGGCCACGACCACGACCACGACCGCGACUCCUAAUACGCCUCCACAGAUAGAUCCAGCCGUCCUCUAUGCAGAUAAUGAGAGGAAACAAGGUAAUUAUUUAUUUAACAAGGGUCAGUUUGUCGAGGCAGAGGCAGCCUAUACGAUUGCCAUUCGUUCCUUACCUGCAGGUCAUGGUGAUCUUGUGUUGCUUUGCAAUAAUCGAGCUGCAGCGCGAUUAAAGCUAGGUAAAUAUAAAGAAUGUUUAGAAGAUUGUGGAUUUGCUGUGAAUAUUGCUCAAUUCCAUAUCAGUCACUCUACACCUUUAUCUCCCAUCAUGACGAGUACUUCCAGUACGAUGAAAUCUCAGUUGAUUAAAGCAUUACAUCGCAAGGCAUGCGCCUUGGAGGGUUUAUGUUUAUUCGAGGCUGCUAUUCAGGCUUAUCAAGAAUAUAUCCAAUUAGAUGGUUCACGUACUGUUCAAGUUACGCAAAGCAUACUUCGCUGUCAACAGGCGGCCCUAUUUAAGAGCCAAACUAAACAACAACAACAACAACAAGAAUGGAAAACCUCUACUUUUAAAAAUGAUACGAAUGAAAGCGCCUUCCCAGAUAUCGAUUUUGAUAUGUUUAUACCAAAGAAAUCGACAAAGCUUACACAGGCUGAAUUAGAUGAAAUUAACAAAAGUAAAGCAGUACAAGAGAUGCGAGAAAGAGAAAAGAAGAAAGAAGCAGAGGAAGCAGAGAGGUUUGAAAAGGAAGAUAAAGUGAAUCAUCAACUUAAAGUAUGGAUAUCGGGUAAAGAUAAAAACUUGAGGGCACUAUUAAGUUCAUUAGAUAUGAUUUUAUGGCCUGGAGUUCAAUGGAAAGGGGUGAUGAUGAGUGAAUUAUUAGAUGCAAAAAAAUGUAAAAUGACUUAUAUGAAAGCUAUUGCAAAAGUACAUCCUGAUAAGCUUCCAGCAAACUCAACUGUUGAACAACGUUUGUUAGCAAGUGGCAUUUUCACAGCUUUAAAUCAAGCCUGGGAUGUUUUUAAGACAGAGAAUAAUUUGUAA